AUGCAACUGGUUGAAAUGCCAUCUGGAACUCUCUACCUUUCUCCGAAUGCAACAAGUCCAGAUGAAGUAAAGAUGUCUUUUCUCAGAAGCAGUCUUUUGGAGAUGGCACUUCCUCUAUCAACACAAACUACAGAUAUUCCUCAGAUCAGUAGUCUUCUUCAACUAGUAUAUCUAUCCUACAAGUCGAAGAACACACAACCUCCAUAUCAACCAGUAUCACAAGCCAAGGUCAGGAAGCUGCAGCUCAUUGUGUUGCUGUUCAAACUGAAGGGUCCUUUUACUUUCCUGGAAGCAUCUCCUAUGGUGGUAUAA